AUAUACACACAUACAUGUGGGAACCCUGCCCACAUGAGUGGUUCAGAGACAGUAAGGGGAAUUGAGGUAUGUAAGACCUCCUGAGCUAGGGGGAGGUGAUGCACCUUGGAGCUUCCCAGAGUCAUUGCAGGAAGAUAAGAAGAGCAGACCUUCAGUAAACAGAAGUUUGCCCUGCCCUAUGGAGAGGUUGAAAGAAGUUAUCUCUGAUAAAGGCUUAUGGGCAAGGCUUCUAAUUCAAAUUCUUCUUGAUAAUUAAGGGGGGUUGGGCAGAAGAUUCUCUUGAGUCUGUGGCUAAAGUUGUCUUUAGCUCAGAACAAUCUGCAUACCUCAGAGACACACGUUGGGGUGAAUUUCCCUGGACUCCCAUACGGGCAUGCCAGCAGUGGCUUGAGAUCAGGGUCUGGUGGUGCUCAGGAGCUGUAUGAUGUGAGGAGGCUUGGAAAGCAUAUCUGAUGCCAGUCCUGUGCCCUGAGGCUGAGGAACCUGCAGACACGGAGGGGCACAUUGGGAGGGCUUCUGACCCUUGUCUGACUUCUGCCCCUUGCCUUUCAGUUUGCAUGACCAACUGCCCAACGCUAAUUGUCAUGGUGGGCCUUCCUGCCAGGGGCAAGACCUACAUCUCAAAAAAGCUCACUCGCUACCUGAACUGGAUUGGCGUCCCCACGCGGGAAUUCAACGUUGGUCAGUAUCGCCGGGACAUGGUCAAGACGUAUAAAUCUUUCGAGUUUUUCCUUCCAGACAACGAAGAGGGCCUGAAAAUCAGAAAGCAGUGUGCCCUGGCAGCUCUCCGUGAUGUCCGGCAGUUCCUUAGUGAGGAGGGGGGACAUGUGGCGGUUUUUGAUGCAACAAAUACCACCCGAGAACGGAGAGCAACCAUCUUUAAUUUUGGGGAACAGAACGGCUACAAGACCUUUUUCGUUGAGUCCAUCUGUGUGGAUCCCGAGGUCAUAGCUGCUAACAUCGUGCAAGUGAAACUGGGCAGCCCUGACUAUGUCAACCGUGAUAGCGAUGAGGCCACGGAAGAUUUCAUGAGGCGCAUCGAGUGCUAUGAGAAUUCGUAUGAGUCUCUGGAUGAAGACCUGGACAGGGACCUGUCCUACAUCAAGAUCAUGGACGUGGGGCAGAGCUACGUGGUGAACCGUGUGGCCGACCACAUCCAGAGCCGCAUUGUGUAUUACCUCAUGAACAUCCAUGUCACCCCCCGCUCCAUCUACCUCUGCCGGCAUGGGGAGAGCGAGCUGAACCUCAAGGGCCGGAUCGGUGGGGACCCAGGACUAUCUCCCCGGGGCAGGGAGUUUGCCAAGAGCCUGGCCCAGUUCAUCAGUGAUCAGAACAUCAAGGACCUGAAGGUCUGGACAAGCCAAAUGAAGAGGACAAUCCAGACAGCGGAGGCCCUGGGUGUGCCUUACGAGCAGUGGAAGGUCCUCAAUGAGAUCGAUGCGGGCGUCUGUGAGGAAAUGACCUAUGAGGAGAUCCAGGACCAUUAUCCACUGGAGUUUGCCCUGCGGGACCAGGACAAGUACCGGUACCGGUACCCCAAGGGGGAGUCCUACGAGGACCUGGUGCAGCGACUUGAGCCUGUCAUCAUGGAGCUGGAGCGGCAGGAGAACGUGCUGGUCAUCUGCCACCAGGCGGUGAUGCGCUGCCUCCUGGCCUACUUCCUGGACAAGGCGGCAGAACAGCUGCCCUACCUCAAGUGUCCUCUGCACACCGUGCUGAAGCUGACCCCGGUGGCGUACGGUUGUAAAGUAGAGUCCAUAUUCCUGAACGUGGUGGCUGUGAACACGCACCGGGACAGGCCUCAGAAUGUAGACAUCUCGAGGCCUCCAGAGGAAGCCCUCGUCACAGUCCCUGCUCACCAAUGACCCUGUCAUCCACUGUGACCUCCGGGCAGGUAUUGGUCUCUGCAGACAAGGUUGUGCCAGACCCCCUCGGCCCGUGAGACAGUCACCAUGCAGGAACUCCGCCAUGGCCAUGUGUGGCUGGUGGUACCCAGAACCCCCCACCCCAGGCUGCCUGUUUCCUGUUGAUAGCUCUGGGGUCCUUUGUACCUGGUGCCCAACCUGCAGCUAGAAGUUAUUCAGCCAGACUGCCCCUGCUCUGGGCUGGUGAGAAAUUUCCAGCACCUGGCCCUUCUCUGGUAGCUUCCAGGUGUUCUUGCUCACUGUCGGCGUGGCUUCAUGAUGUAUAAACCCCUAAAAUGUGAAACGGGAUCCUCCCACCAUGGCCAAGCUGCCUGGGGUUGGCCUGGGGACCCCUGCAGGCAUUCUGCUGGCCUGUCUGUGGCCAUUUCUGGAGCCAGAGGCAAGAGAGGCAAGGUCUUCAUGGGCUCCCGCAUUCCGCCGCCCUGCGGGGACUGAAGAGCUUUGGCCGCUGCAGACACCGGACCGGCCAGGCCCCUCUCCCGAGCAGUAGGCUCGCAUCAGCACAAUGCGCUGUGCAGAAAUCGCAGGGAGCCAGCACCUGCGGUCGCCCUUCCCGGUCCCAUACACUGGAGUACUUUGGGAGCCAGUGGCCAAGGCUGACCCUUGCCCUCUACUCUCUCAGUGAAACCAGGGAAAGCAGGGCGGGUGUAUGAGUCACCUUCCCAGCCCACCUGCCCGAGACUCAGGGAGAAGCUGCCGUCCCUUCUACCCCCUCCCUGCCCGCCACCAUGGCUGCCUGUGUCCACACAGGAGUGGACACCGGGGCGGGGACAUGCAUUUGCUGUGUGGGAUUCAAAACAGCUUGUGUGGUCCUGUGAAGCCUGCCCCGGCUUUGGUUGACCUCCACCUGUGGGCCUGAGCAGGGGGAGGUCGGGACCUGAAGGCAGCCUGUCCAGGGGGAUUUCCCCGGACGUGUCACAGCUUUUGAUUCACGUGCACAGGAGCCUGUUGAAAAUGACCUCGGGGAGUCUGCCAUUUGUCAUGCCCCUGAGUUCUUUUGGGCCCAGAGAGGCCAGCCAGGCAGCGGGUUCUGGCUUCAUUUUAGAGCUCGGCCAACUGGCCAACAAGUUAGGAGCUGGCUGAGAAAGUGUCUGGCUUUGUCGUUGGAUGACUGCUGUCCAUGGGUGGACCUUGCUGAAGUCAGGCCCCAGAAUCCCCAGCCGCUUCAUACCUGCCACCUUUCCUAGGCUGUGCCGGAAGAACAGCCCGCCUUUCCCAGUCCCCAGGGCUUUGCAGCCUGCAUGGCCACCUGCCCCUGAGGGAAGUCUGGCCCUGGCCCUGGCCCUGGCCCUGGCCCUGGCCCUGGCUGGAGGUCUCAUUGUGUGCUGCAGCAGCUGUGGACAGAUGUCCUGGUGAGGCCAGGGCAGGAUCCUCCUGAACUCACUUCCUGUCAGAGCCCUGGGGCCAGAGGACCAUGCCACAGCCUUUGGGAUGGGGACUCCAGCCUUUGCUUCUGUGUCCACUGGAGUUUGGGUGACUUUUGGUCACCUGGACAUAUUUACUUUAGCCAUAGUGGUCCCUUUGGUUAGUGGCCCGUACAUCAGGAUGUCACCACCUCUCCAGGACCUCAGGCUGGCUGAGGCAAGACCAGUGAGGCCUUUUGCUUCUGUCCAGAGGGCAGUCAGGGCUGUUGGACCUGGGUGUGUCCCCAAGACUGGGCUAGGGCAGAGGGAAGUGGGUCACAGUGUGGGCUUGGGCAGCCCCUCCCACCUCUGCCCGGACUAGUCUCUGCACGGACCACCGCCUGGCAGCUGCCAGGGUUCAGCCAUGACAGUCGAUGUGUUGUGUUGUGGGUGUUUUCUGCUCGCCCUGGAAGGGGUUGUGUGGGAUCUCGGCCACACAUCACACUGUGUCCAGCACUCUUUGCAAUAAAUACUUGUUAAAAAGA